UGCAUGGGGCAGGCCGCUCGUGUGCUGCCCCAUCCAUGCACGGCACCCAUCACUGCACACUACAAUACCACAUUUCCUUCUUUUUUUUACUUGAUUCACCAGCUCAGCCUGAAUAUAUAGUGUAGCCAGCAGUGGUCACAGCAACGAUAAGGGAGGAGGAAGAAGAGGAGGGAUCAGGAGGUAAGGAGGCAGAGAGACAGAGAAGAUGGCGUCGGAGAAGGUGGAGACGAUCGUGGCCGGCAACUACAUGGAGAUGGAGAGGGAAGGCGGCGACGCCGGCGACAGGCGCGGGGGAGAAGCUGGCACGGCGUCGUCGAGGGGCAAGGCCUUGUCGAGCCUCUUCUGGCACGGCGGCUCCGUCUACGACGCCUGGUUCAGCUGUGCUUCCAACCAGGUGGCGCAGGUUCUGCUGACGCUGCCCUACUCCUUCUCGCAGCUGGGAAUGGUGUCCGGGGUGCUGUUCCAGCUCUUCUACGGGCUCAUGGGGAGCUGGACGGCGUACCUCAUCAGCGUCCUCUACGUCGAGUACCGCACUAGGAAGGAGCGCGAGAAGGUCGACUUCAGGAACCAUGUCAUCCAGUGGUUUGAGGUUCUUGAUGGGCUGCUGGGGAAGCACUGGAGGAACAUCGGCCUUUUCUUCAACUGCACUUUCCUCCUCUUCGGCUCCGUCAUCCAGCUCAUCGCAUGUGCAAGCAACAUCUACUACAUCAAUGACAAGUAUGACAAGCGGACGUGGACGUACAUCUUCGGCGCCUGCUGCGCCACCACGGUGUUCAUCCCCUCCUUCCACAACUACCGGGUCUGGUCCUUCCUUGGCCUCCUCAUGACCACCUACACCGCAUGGUACCUCACCAUUGCCGCCAUCGCUCACGGCCAGGUGGAGGGAGUGACUCACUCGGGGCCAAGCAAGAUGGUGCUCUACUUCACCGGGGCAACCAACAUCCUCUAUACCUUUGGAGGCCAUGCUGUCACUGUGGAGAUCAUGCACGCGAUGUGGAAGCCGCAGAAGUUCAAGCUCAUCUACCUGGCGGCUACUCUGUAUGUGCUGACGCUGACCUUGCCGUCCGCCUCCGCCAUGUACUGGGCCUUCGGCGACAUGCUACUCGACCACUCCAACGCCUUCUCCCUCCUCCCGCGCUCCGCCUUCCGCGACUCCGCCGUCAUCCUCAUGCUCAUCCACCAGUUCAUCACCUUCGGGUUCGCGUGCACGCCGCUCUACUUCGUGUGGGAGAAGCUCAUCGGCCUGCACGAGACCAAGAGCGUCGCGCUCCGCGCCGUGGCGCGUCUACCCAUCGUGGUGCCCAUCUGGUUCCUGGCCAUCAUCUUCCCCUUCUUUGGGCCCAUCAACUCCACCGUGGGCGCGCUUCUGGUGAGCUUCACCGUCUACAUCAUCCCGGCGCUCGCGCACAUGGCCACCUUCGCGCCCGCGGCGGCCAGGGAGAACGCGGUGGAGCGGCCGCCGCGCGGGCUCGGCGGGUGGCCGGGCAUGUACGCCGUGAACUGCUUCGUGGUGGCGUGGGUGCUCGUCGUCGGCUUCGGGUUCGGCGGCUGGGCCAGCACCGUCAACUUCGUCCGGCAGGUCGACACCUUCGGCCUCUUCACCAAGUGCUACCAGUGCCCGCCCAAGCAUUGAUCGACAUGAUUAAUUUGUUAAUCGCAUGCGUGCAUGCAUGGUUUAAUUUCUUGAGGACACAUGUAUGCAUAGAGAGAGAUUAAGAUUAUGCAGUGCAGAGCUUGUUCCAUGUCGACGACAUGAUGUGUGUGUGUCGUGUGACGUAUGUAUGUUUGUAUCUAUGUGUUUGUAUCUCUCAUGAUAUAUCGAUGGAGCGAAUUAAUUAC